GCGCUUUUUGUUGAGCAUCGACUCCAAUCAAGGAGUUUGCUUUGGUCUUCGCUCUGUGAUGACGUCAUGCGUGGUCACGCUCACUGUCAAACGACAGGACAGAAGUUGUCACAGAGAGAUUGCCGACAGAGGUCGAUCAGCUGUGAAUGUAAACAGGUUGAAUAGUGUUGUUAUUUUUGCAAUUCAUGGCUGCCAACAACAGCUUUCAAAUGAAAAUAGACCCAGAGGAAAACGACGGUAGAGAUAAUUCUUUCAAUGUUGUUAGCAACCGGGAAGUCAGCACACAAACCGAUCACAGUAUGCAAGGUCACAGCCCAAGGCUUUCAAAAGUGAACUUGUUCACUUUGUUAAGUCUCUGGAUGGAGCUUUUCCCAACGAAAAGAGCAGAUAAAGAAAAUGACAGACAACAGGUGAAAAGAACUGGCCUGGUUAUCGUUCACAAUAUGAAAAUCACUGGAUUGCACUGCUCUAGCUCGGAACUACAUGCAGGCCAAAUAGCUGUUAUCAAACAUGGAUCUCGGCUGAAAGGCUGUGAUCUUUACUUCUCCAGAAAGCCUUGCUCUUCUUGUCUGAAAAUGGUUGUAAACGCUGGGGUAAACAAGAUAUCCUACUGGCCCGCUGAUCCAGAAAUGAGCCUCUUGCACAACGAGACGGUGAGCAGCAGCAGCAGCAGCCCCGACGCCAAGCUUGACGCCAACGCUGCGGAAAGGCUGAAGUCUAACAGCCGGCCUCACGUGUGCGUCCUCCUCCAGCCUCUAGCCUUCAACAUGAACCAGUUUGUGGAGGAAACCUCCAUGAAAUGUGACUUCCUGCAAAAAAUUGUGUGCCUGGACCCCACUUUCCAACUGGAAGAGUUCUUCAUUGAGUACCGAAAGCAAAGGCUGAAGGACUACGAGAAGGUCUUCUUCAUUUCCAACGAGGAGGCACACAAGGGCAUCUUAAUGAAAAUGGGCUUGGAGAACUUCUGUGAGAACCCUUAUUUCACCAGCUUACGACAGAACAUGAAAGAUCUGAUCCUCCUUUUAGCCACAGUGGACUCCAGUGUACCUGACUCUGCAGGAUAUGGAUUUCACUGCAGAGAUACUCAGCUAGGUGAUGAAGACCAUGACCAAGGUUUAUCACAGGGCAUUGCCAGGCACUGCAUGGUACAGGCCAAACUGCUGGCAUACCGAACUGAGGACCCUAAGACAGGAGUAGGUGCUGUAAUUUGGGCAGAAGGGAAGUCUAGUAACUGCGAUGGGACAGGGGCCAUGUAUUUGAUUGGCUGCGGUUACAAUGCCUACCCAGUGGGCUCAGAAUACGCAGACUUUCCUCAAAUGGAUGAUAGACAGAAAGACAGAGAAAUCCGGAAGUUCAGAUACAUCAUCCACGCUGAACAGAAUGCCAUAACAUUCCGGUGUAAGGAAAUCCAAGAGGAUGAGAAAACAAUGAUUUUUGUAACCAAAUGCCCAUGCGAUGAAUGUGUGCCUUUAAUUAAGGGAGCUGGAAUUAAACAGAUCUACACAGGAGAUCUGGAUUCUAAGAAAGUAAAGGCUGACAUAUCAUACCUGAAAUUUGGCAGCCUGCAGUGUGUUCACAAGUUUACAUGGCAGAAGACUCCCGAGGCCAGCUCUGUUACAGAACAGCACACCUCCACUGUCAAAGCUAAUGGCUUCUUUGGGAAGCAUCACAGAGACUUUGAGGAGGAACUCCAGACAAGCAAAAGGUCAUGCGUUCAGGAAAAAUGACAAGGCCUGGGUGCUGUUGUGGGUGCGUGAGAAACACAGUACAGUCACACCCGGGAAAACUAAAAAUAUUUUUUGUUGUCUGUUUUACUUGUGUGUAUUUUAAACUAAAUAGUAGUGGUUCAUUUGAAUAUUUAAUGCACUAGAGAUAUAUUUUUAUUUAUGUAUUUAUUAAUUUAUUAUUAAUUUAUUUGCUUGCUUCCGUCCUAGCAAUAUAUUACAAUUUGAACUCCUGUAUUUGCACAAAGAGACUGAAGCCCUCUUUACCAGUGAUGUUUACUCUAAUACAUUUACCAUUGCUUUUGGUGUUUUUUUUUUUCCUGCAGUUCUCCCAGUAUUUCAUUUUUCUCUCUUUUAGUUUCACAAGCGAUUUCUUACCAAGUGGGAAUUUGCUACCUCACCAUCAUUGUAAACCCGGGCCGUUAUUUCUGAGAGAUGAUGCUUCCACAAUUACAUGUGUGAGGCAUACAUCCCCCACCACGGCUGUAAUUGACAUCAUUAGAGCUAUCAAGGCCUUUCAAUGCAUUUCCACCAUUCUUUAAUUAACUUAUUUUAUUUUUACAACACUAGAACCAAACAACCAAGUAAUAUAAUCCUAGUUCUCCUAAGCACUCUCAAUGUGCGUGUUUCUCAUUUUGUAACAUUAAGAUGAUUUUUUUUUUAAACUUUUCAAAAAAAUAGAAGAUAAUUAAAGAUGGAGGAAAUGCUUUGAAAAUGUCAUGAAAAAGCAGAUCAAGGUGCUCCCGAGUGACGCAUACGGUAAAGGCGCUCCGCGUGGCGUGCAGGAUGCGCUCUAUAGCCUGGGUGUCGCCGGUUCGAGUCCAGGCUAUUCCACAGCCGACCGUGGAUGGGAGCUCCCAGGGGGCGAUGCACAAUUGACCGAGCGUCGCCCGGGGGAGGGAGGGUUAGGUCGGCCAGGGUGUCCUCGGCUCACCGCACACCAGCGACCCCUGUAGUCUGGCCGGGCGCCUGUGAGCUUGCCUGUAAGCUGCCCGAGAGCUGCGUUGUCCUCCGACGUUGUAGCUCUUGGGUGGCUGCAUGGUGAGUCUGCAGUGUGAAAAAAAAGCGGUCGGCUGACGGCACACGCUUCGGAGGACAGCGUGUGUUCGUCUUCGCCCUCCCAAGUAAGCGCAGGGGUGGUAGCGGUGAGCUGAGCCUAAAAAAUAAUUGGCCAUUCCAAAUUGGGAGAAAAUAAUAAAAAAUAAUUGGCAACGACUAAAUUAAAAUAAAAAAAGCAGAUCAUGACCUACAUCCACAGGUUACAGAAAUGUGAGCAUGACAGAGAGAUCAUGACCUACAUCGAAAGGUUAUAGAAAUGUGAGCAUGACAGAGCUACAGACUAAUAUAGAUCAAGGUAACUGUAGGUGUGUGGCAUACGCACAUGCUUAGGGAAUUUCUUAGUCAUGUUGGGAGAGGUCCACUGUGUUGUAUUAAUCGGUGUAAUCUGUGACCACUCCUUGAUAACCUAGUUGGCUCACAAAGUUUCUGUUGAUACUGUUGAAAGAAAUGGUAAAACACUCUGAACAAUGCUUUGGAUUGUUCAGCUGUACUGGCUGAUUAUGGUAGAAAGUUCCAGGUAUCAAUGGAUUCGUACUGUGCUGUAUGUAAAGAAAGAUUCCAAUGAUGGGACAUAGAUGGUAUAUUACUUAUUUUUAAAGUCAUAAUUGUAAAAGACAAAUAAAAAAUAAAAAAAACUGCAGUUAUUCCAAAACAAUAAAUAAAUAACAUAUUCGUAUGCACGUACUGAAAGUUGUCAUAGUUUUGUCGGGUUAAAUGUAAUUUUGAAACAACAUUGUAUAAAACAAGGGUUAAGAUUUUCAGGUUUUAAUUUUUUAUUUAAAUGAUCAUUGGUAAAGAAAGUAUCCUUGAUUUAUAAUAACUACACAACUUUAACAAAGUUAAUGUCCAGUAGUACAUAAAACUAUAUUUUAACGCUAUUUUGGGGUGAAACCCUAAUUUUAAAAAUGCAAAAAAUCUGGACACAGUACAUUAUGUAUGUCACCAGACAUGCUAAUCCAUUGUUUAUUGAGCAGUUGCAAAGAUUUAUGUGUAAUGUGAUAGUGGUACUGUACAUUUAUAUAUUUUACAGCUGUCUGAGGGUCUGUAUGAUGAUUUUUUUUUUUUUAAGCCAGAAGUUAUCCCUCUGUAUAUAGCACAGAUUGCAAGAAUACUGCUUUUAUAGUGUACUGUCGAAACUGUGUGAACAAAUAAUUACAUAUACUAUUUCAAAAUUGUGGUUAUUUUUAUUAAAAACAACUGUUUCAUUG